AUGAACGCUAUUGUUGCUUUGAUCUCUGCUGUCAGCGUCUUCGCUGUCUCUGCUCUUCACCUUGACUUCACUGGUGAUUUGGCUGCCCAUGGUGCUCUCACCAAGGGUCUCCAUCACGGUGCCCAUGCUCUUCACUUCGCCGCUAAUGGUGAAUUUGAUGGUCUCAAGUGCGGUGCCAACUUCGAGUGGGCUUUGCCCGAGGGCAAGUUCCUCAAGGAGCUUUUGGCUUUCUCUCACUGCAAGCAUGAUGGUCUCCUUUUGUUCCAUCUUACCUUCACUGAUGGUACUGAGGGCUUCUUCCAUUUCCAUGGUGGUCUUGUUGAGGAGCUUGCUCACCAUGUCUGGUUCGGAAAGCUCGCCAAGGGUGUCUGCAAGCAUGCUCCAGCCCUUGCUGGCUUGCCACAUCAUGCUGUUUUGGCUGACUUGGCUCAUGUCUUGGCUUAA